UCAUCCCUUAGCUGGACUGAUCUCCGAGUCCAGAGACGCACCCUUCCAAACAUGGUCUCUUCCAAUACUGCCUCGCAAGAGGAGAUGAUGAUCAACAGGGUUCCACUACAAUGGAGAGAUCAAUGUUCAGCACUUCUCAUACCACUCAACAAAUGCAGACAUAGGGAGAAUUACGCUCCGUGGAAAUGUGAAGACGAGAGACAUACGUAUGAGAAGUGUCAGUAUCAAGACUUCCUCAGAAGGGCAAAGGUACUGCAAAAGGAAAAGAAGGCGGCAGCAUUAGCAGGAGCAGAGGACGAGUAGGGCAUUGCAGCUUGUCGCCAGCUCUCGCAAUGGCGGCUCACAUGGCAUGAGACGUGUGCAUGUUUGCUACAAACAACAGUAUUCAGGGCUGUAUAAACUGGAAAUGGUGUAUUCCUUAGGCUACACUGUGCACAACCAUU